CCGAGCCAUCGGCGAGCGAUGACUUGCACGGUAUGCAGCACGACGCUCCAUCACCGCGCCGAGCACCCGUCACCGCCGCGCCGACCACCAUGAGCGGCGCCAAGCCUCUCCUCACGACAGAGGACCGCUUCCGGCAGAAGCAACAACUCUCCGCCCGCCCGCCUAAUGCUGCCACAAAACGCAAAACGCCUCCUCCCUCCUCCUCCGUCGGACCAAAGCGCCCCCGUACGCACACCAAAGAUGCUGAUGCCGAUGUCGCACUCCCCAGCGUCGCCCCGGACUGGCGCGGGGACGAGAUGACAUCCACGCAGCCGUGGGGCUCCACGCAGGCUCCUUUCGCGAAUCGCCCUACGUCCCGUCCGCCGCCGCCACCGUCGGCGGUCCCCCGGCGCUCGGCGGAUCCACUCUCGCUGGCGCACCGCAAGUGGGGCCUGCAUCCAGAGAUUGUGAAGGGAUUUCGAGAGUGUGGAGUGGAUGAGAUGUAUCCGUGGCAGAGCGAGUGCUUGUCGCUACCCGGGGUGCUGGAGGGCACCAAGAAUGUGGUCUAUACUGCGCCUACGUCUGCGGGGAAAUCGUUGGUGGCGGAUAUACUCAUGGUCCGGAAGGUGGUUGGCGGGCUGGCUGGACUUGGACUUGGAGAGCGGAAGAAGGCCAUCGUCGUGGUGCCAUAUGUCUCCAUCGUCCAGGAGAAGACCCGGUUCCUGAACAAAUGCCUUGGCUCGGUGCGUGUGGAGAUGCCGCGAAUGCAGGAGACCCAGCCGCAGGCCUGGAGGAACCUCAAUAUCGUUGGGUUUCAUUCCGGCGCGAGAAAUAGGAUGCGGUGGAAGGAUAUUGAUAUCGUCGUCUGCACCAUCGAGAGAGCUAACACAUUGGUUAACGCGGCGGUGGAGGAUAGGACGAUCAAUGAGCUGGGCGUGGCGGUAUUCGAUGAACUACAUAUGGUGGGAGACGAGCAUCGGGGGUUAAUUUUGGAACUACUAGCGGCGAAGCUGCUGUGUCUUGAGCUGCCGGUCCAGAUUGUGGGAAUGUCGGCUACGUUGAGCAAUAUUACCGUUCUGGGGAAAUGGCUUAAAGCUGCCUUGUAUGAAUGCAAUUUCCGGCCGGUUCCUCUGGACGAAUACUUGGUCUAUGACGGCGCGGUGUAUAGCAACUCCCAUGAACUGCACGCAAACAUACCGCCUAGUGACCAUAAAUCCCGUAAGGAGACGGUCACCAAUUCGAUCGUUGCCCUCACACACUCGGCAAUAUCCGAAGGCCACGGAGUGUUGGUGUUCUGUGAGUCCCGGCGACGAUGCGAGGAUCUUGCCUUGUUGGUCCUAGGCUUCAUUCCUCGGAUUCGUGAUGAGGAGCUGAUUGAGAAACGGAUAAACGUUGUGGGAGACCUUGCGACCACGCCCACGGGGAUGGAUCCCGUACUUGCCAAAUCGGUCCCUGCGGGAGUGGCAUUUCACCAUGCCGGAUUGACUACGGAAGAGCGGGAUAUCGUCACGGCCGCCUACAACGACGGCGCCGUCAAGGCUAUAUUCUGCACGGCAACAAUGGCCGCCGGCGUCAACCUCCCCGCACGCCGAGUAAUCAUCUCACCGCGGAUGGGCCGAGACUUUGUCAGCGCAGCGAUGCUCCGACAGAUGCGUGGACGAGCUGGCCGAAAAGGCCGCGACACGCGCGGAGAAUCGUACGUCUGCUGCCGCAGGGAGGAUCUUCCAACCAUCGAGAAGCUGCUCAACGAAAGUCUUCCAUCGGUGUCAUCGUGCCUCAUAUCGUCCGAAAACACAUCCUCCGGCCUCUCCCGUGCCUUGCUGGAAAUUAUCUCCACCCGGCUGGCAACCUCCCUCGACUCGAUCGAGGAAUACUUCAACUCUACACUCCUCCAGCACACGCACCACACGCUCUCGGACCUGCCCACACUGCUCAAAGACUGCCUCGAAACCCUCCACGCCUCCACACUGCUCCAAGACCCCACCGCCGACGGCGAGUGGUCCGCCACCCGCACCGGCCACGCCACGGUCGUCGCGGGCUUCACGCCGUCCGACGGCCUGUUCAUGUCAACGGAGCUCACCCGGGCGCUCGCGCACUUCAACCUCGAAACGGACAUGCACAUCGUGUACCACUUCACGCCGAUCCACGCGUCGACAUCCUCCGUUUCCAUCGACUGGAAGCUCCUCCGGGACGAGCUCGAGCGGCUCGACGAGCCAUCUCUGCGCGCUGCCACCUUCUGCGGCGUGAACCCGGCGUUCAUCCACAAGCUCGCCAGCGGCGGACUAUUCCGCGACGCCGGCGGCGCCAAGGAGCGCGUCUACCGCCGCUUCUACACCUCGCUCAUGCUGCGCCAGCUGAUCAACGAGACGCCGAUCCACCACGUCGCCCGCCACUUCGCCGUGCCCCGCGGCUUCGUCCAGUCCCUUGCCACUACGUGCCGCGGCUUCGCUACAACCAGCGCUGCCUACUGUAAGGCUAUGGGAUGGACCGGCCUAGCCGUACUGCUCGAGCACUACAGCUGGAGGCUCGAUCUGGGCGUCAAAGAUGAUCUGGUCGACCUGGCCCGGCUGCCCUUCGUUAAGAGUCGCACGGCCAGAGUGUUUUACGAGGCGGGCCUGAGGACUAUGGAGAACGUGGCGGAUGCGAAGGUGGAGGUCUUGGUGAAUGUGCUGGCUAAGGCUAUGCCCGGCGCGAAUAGGGGGAGGGUCAGGGAGAAGUGUGAGGAGCGCGCGAAGAUUGUGGCUGCGGCCGCGAGGAGGAUUUUGGAUAGGCGGAGGCAGGAGGAGCUGGAUGAGUUGGAGUAGGGAGGUGGGGGGUGAUGAUUAUUGGGAUGAAUGGCGAGAUGGAUAGAUGGAUAGAUGGGGGCCUACAUACGAGGCAUAGAUGGUUUGGUUUAACAGUGGCGUCUGUGGAUUGUUUAUUACGGGUUGAUAUCGUAUAAUUAUGGCGUUCAUAUGGAUUCUCAUAUGGACGAAUUCAAUGACACGAUGUUGCGCAAAAAU